GUGAAAGAUGGCUCUCACAAUUCAUUCAUUAUAAAUACUCAUUUCCUUCUCUUAUAAUUCCAUCAUCAUUUGUUCGAUUCUCUAUUAAAAAGAAACUUAACAAACUAAAGAGAAGGAAAUUCUCUGUUUUUCAGUAAGCUUAAAUUUAUUAGAAAUGGCCCCAGCUGCUGCAUUGAUGAGUAAGUGCCAAGAAGAGGAGCAGAUUGUUCGCCCUGUUGCUGACUUCUCUCCAAGUCUUUGGGGUGAUCGUUUCCAUUCAUUUUCCAUUGACAAUAAGAUUGCAGAAAAGUAUGCUCAAGAGAUUGAAACUUUGAAGGAACAAACAAGGAGUAUAUUAAUGUCAGGAAAAACAUUGGCUGAAAAGUUGAAUCUCAUUGAUAUUGUUGAACGCCUUGGAAUUUCCUAUCACUUUGAAAAACAAAUAGACGACAUGUUGAACCACAUUUUUAACAUGGAUCCUAACUUUGAGGCUCACGAAUACAAUAAUUUAUGCACUCUAUCCCUUCAAUUUCGAAUUCUAAGACAACAUGGCUACUAUAUCUCUCCAAAAAUUUUCAGCAGAUUCCAAGAUGCGAAUGGUAAGUUCAAGGAAUCACUUUGCGAAGACAUCAAGGGUCUUUUGAACUUAUACGAAGCUUCACACGUAAGGACUCAUGGAGAAGAUAUUUUAGAAGAGGCACUUGCUUUCUCCACUGCUCAUCUUGAGUCUGCAGCUCCACAUUUGAAGUCACCUCUGAGUAAACAAGUGACUCAUGCCCUUGAGCAAUCUCUCCAUAAGAGCAUUCCAAGAGUCGAGACACGAUACUUCAUCUCUAUCUACGAAGAGGAGGAAUUUAAGAAUGACGUGUUACUUCGAUUUGCAAAACUGGACUUCAACUUACUUCAGAUGUUGCACAAACAAGAACUAAGUGAAGUAUCAAGGUGGUGGAAAGAUUUGGAUUUUGUGACAACGCUUCCAUAUGCUAGGGAUAGAGCAGUGGAGUGCUACUUUUGGACGAUGGGAGUGUAUGCUGAACCUCAAUACUCUCAGGCUCGUGUCAUGCUUGAGACUAUAGCCAUGAUUUCGAUAGUAGAUGACACAUUCGAUGCUUAUGGCAUAGUAAAAGAACUUGAGGUCUACACUGAUGCCAUACAGAGGUGGGGUAUCAGCCAAAUUGAUCGGCUUCCGGAGUACAUGAAAAUUAGUUACAAAGCACUUUUAGAUCUCUACAACGACUAUGAAACAGAGCUGUCAAAUGAUGGCAGAUCUGAUGUUGUUCAAUACGCAAAAGAAAGAAUGAAAGAAAUUGUGAGAAACUAUUUCGUGGAAGCGAAAUGGUUCAUAGAAGGAUAUAUGCCACCAGUUUCUGAAUAUCUUAGCAAUGCAUUAGCUACCAGCACUUAUUACUUGCUUACCACUACAUCCUACUUGGGCAUGAAGUCUGCUACCAAGAAAGAUUUUGAAUGGUUGGCCACGAACCCUAAAAUCCUUGAAGCCAAUGUGACCUUAUGUCGAGUCAUUGAUGACAUAGCCACCUAUGAUGUUGAGAAGGGUAGAGGUCAGAUUGCAACUGGAAUUGAGUGUUAUAUGAGGGAUUAUGGCGUAUCAACACAAGUAGCAAUGGAAAAAUUUCAAGAAAUGGCUGAGACAGCAUGGAAGGAUGUAAAUGAAGGAAUUCUUCGACCAACUCCUGUCUCUGCAAAGAUUCUGACUCGUAUUCUCAAUCUUGCUCGCAUUAUUGAUGUCACUUACAAGCACAACCAAGAUGGAUACACUCAUCCUGAAAAAGUACUAAAACCUCACAUUAUCGCCUUGUUAGUGGACUCUAUUGAAAUUUAAAUUUAAAAUCAUCAAUUGUUGGUUCCCGGCCCCUCAAAUAAGUAUUUGAUCUACAUUUGUUGGUAUCUCUGUAGCUAGCUGGGGUAGGAAAUGCUGACGAUACAUGUUAUCGUGCAGUGAAGUUACCUCUUUCUUGAAUAUUUUUGUAUCAUCAUUGACAUUUAAUUUGAGGGAAAAGGCAUAGAUUCACUUAUGAA